UAGCGUGUUCAGAGAUCAAACCUGAUUCGGAUGCGGAUUUCAUCCUCAGCAGUUACAACACCAGUGUUGGUACGGACGUUCUGAUUGGCUGUAAGAAGUUCGGCUACCGUUUGGAGGGUCCAUACAAUGUCACGUGUUUUUCAAACAAAACGUGGUCAGAGAAUAUCAACUCACGUGCGUGCAAAUGGACUGGGAGACUGAACAUGUACGAGAAGAUAGUGAUUGGGACGGGGGCUGGGUGUCUGGGACUCCUGGUGUUCGGCAUCCUCUUCAUCUGCUGUUGUUCAUACAUACACAACCAACACGAUAAACGACGGAGAGCUGCAAGCCAGAGAUCCUACUCCCAGUUUGAUCCGCCACAGAAGGAUCACCCCUACAGUAACGACUACAUCCGACAGAGCGGACCUUACGCCGACAGGAUCCCGCCGUACGACAGCAGCACGGAGGAUGGUUUCAAAAGGCCACAAGGUGCUAUAGACGACCCUGGUAGUUAUCAUAUAUACACCGGAAGAAAGGGAGAGAAGGACCGGAAGUCAGCUUACCAGUACGACAACCGAGCUUUCGAAUCUCAGGAUCCUAGUUACUAUAACAGUGCCAAUCGUAAAGAUCCUCCAUAUUGGGUGAAUCUUUUAUUCGUCCACAUGAACGGUCAGAUACCACGCCCACAAAUUAGAGACGACAGACAGCAUUACUGAGAGCGUUAUAUCAGCACUUCCGCCAUUCACUCCUUACACAGCGUCACGUGAUGUGACGUGUUACCGAAAGGGGUGGACACUUUAGCCUGAACUGUAUAUCCAGAACCUACAUGUAGGAGAAAUCUACAAAUGUCAGACAAAAUCCAAGAAGUUUUAUACGUGCUCGUUCCAUACGUUCUUGUUUCAUGAAUGUAAAAUACAGUUUAUCAAUGCGCAUUUGUAAUAUAGAAUGCGAAAUUGUUACAUAUAUGAAUAUAAUUGUUCGUUACUAGAA